GUGAUUUCGUGUGAAUACAGGAAGCAAAUAAGCUUUUAUUGCUUAAGACUUGAUUGUGGAAGUGAAGAUGCAGCAGAGAUGAGAGGAGGAGAUAAGAAGUGAAGAGGACCGAUACGAAGAGAAGGAGAGAGAAGAGAAGAGCAUGUUGCCGAGACGCAGGCGUCAAGUCCUCGUCCUCCAAACCAUCCUGCUCUGCUGCGCCGGAGCAGCUGGAGACACCUUCCUCUUCGCUCAGGAGGGAGCUGAAGUUACUCUGUCAUGUGACUCCAGAGCACCUGACCAGGCCUCCUGUGAGGGAACCACCUGGCUUGGUGAAAAAGAUCGCGGAACUGAAACAUUGGCUGAACAUAAGACAGUCAAAGUUGAUGUGGACCGACUGAGCCUGGCACCUGACUGCUCUCUGGUCAUCAAGAAGAUGGGGGCUGGAGAUGCUAGACAUUACACCUGUCGACAGUUUGAUGGACCAAGACCAUAUACAGACGCCGACACGUUCCUCUCCAUGGUCUCCUUGACUCGCUCCAUGACUCAAGGUGACAUGACCUUGACCUGUAAAGUGAUCCGUCCUGGUUUCUGCCCUGAGAAGGUUCAGUGGCUGUAUAAGGGUCAAACUAUAACCAAAGAUCACCCACAGCUGAAGACCUCGUCGACCACCUGUGGAGAUGCUGCUGUUCAGUUUCCUCUUACGUCCUUCCUGGAGAGUCACCUCCUCACAUGUGAAGUCUCACACAGAGACACAGUGGAGAGGUUCCCCUUCCAAGCUGCAGUGUCAACAGGAGCAACGACCACAACGGCGAGCACAAGCGCCACACCUGUGGAUGACUCAGGCCACUGGUGGCUGUAUGGCGUCGCAGCGGCUGCAGCUCUGACUCUCCUGGUCCUCGUGGUGGUCCUGGUGCGGUGGAGACGUCUGAAAGGGAGGCGAGCCCAGGUGCAGAAGAAGCUGACCUCCGACCUCUCGGCGAGUCCUGCAGACCCAGAGUCGGGUCACGACACGGAGAAUCCUGGAGAGGAACUUUGUUACAGCUCCGUCACCUACAACAAGAAGACCCACAGCAACAAGGUCAAAGGUCACGAGGAUGAUGAGGUGACCUACAGCACAGUCAAGAGUAAAGCCUCUCCGUCUGACAAGUGCGAUCUUUAUGCGAGCAUCAGCAAGAACUGAUGGGCCCUUGUGAGGUCACCAGCGGAGUCCCCACUCCAAGAAGACUCGGCUGAGCCACGAGACUCCUGCGCCACACGCACACCUCACCUUUCACUGGUGUAAAAUGACUCCCAAUAGUAUUAAAGUUCAGAGGCCUGUCGUCACGACUGGAGACACCGCCCACAGUCGCCACGAGGUGUCAGUGUAGUUCCAGACACGUGACUUCAAUCUUGGCAUUUUUGUAUUGACAUGAUAUAAAGUGGUAUUUGAAAUACGCGUUGUGGCGUGACUGUUGACAGGAAAGCGUGUUCUCCGUGUUCCUGGAGCGUCGUCACAAACAUGGCGUCCAUU